UAGUUUCAAGAUGCAACGAGAUAUUUACAAAAGAAUUGAAAGCUUGUCAGCUUUUGGAAGAUACAUGGGUUUAGUAUCCUUUCAAAUAAAGAACAGUAGGGUUUUUUUGUCGAAACGUGAUUGGUUAAUGCCUCUGUUAAUUUUUGUAAUUCAUCUGGUCAUUUUCGUCCCGUCCGCAAUAUUGCAUCUGAAGUUUCAGUUGAAAUCGGAAACACGUUUUAUAUUCAGUGACUUUCUAUAUGUUGGAGCUUAUGAAUUGUCAUGGCUUUUACUUACUUUUCAAGGCAUCACUAAUAGAAGAAGAAUGAAAGAUAUUCUACAAAAGAUUGUGGAUACGGAUCAAGCAAUGGAAAUAAGAAUUGGUGUUCGAAGUAAAACAUCAUUCAUUGUUUUGUCAAUAUUUUUUGUAAAUCUGUUAAUUUGGACAAUCAUGGAUAUCUCUAAAACGUCUGACAAAUAUUGGUUACCAUUUCUAUUAAAAAUUUCUGAAAUCGCUAACGGAAUAUCCGUAAUUCUGAAUUUUGAGAUUAAUGCCCAUGUCAAAAUUCAACUAGAAACACUCAAUUUGAAGUUGGAAAAUUGCACUCACCAGUGUUUAAAGAAGCACAGAAAUCUCCAAUUAAAUGAGCGAAAUAGAGAAUCGUUAUAUAAAAUAGAAGAAAUUUACGUUAAUUAUGUUAAGAAGAAAUUACAUUUACAUUGGCUUAUCAUUCAAAAUUCCAGAGGGUUGGUAGCAUUACUACAAAUUGGAAUAAUUGGUAAUUUAAUCAAUGUGACGUGUUCAGCGACAAUUAUGUUUGAUUAUUUGGUGCAAAUGCAUACAUCUGGAGAAACUAUUUUUUCUAUUGCCUGCUUCAUCAGAAACAUUGCAGCUAUUGUUGAAAUAAUUAAAGAUAUAAUUAUAACAAUUACAAUUAUUUACUCAUGGGUAAUGGUGAGUAGUGAGGCAUCAAAAAUGGGACCCUUAAUACAUGACAUCUGGAAUAAAAUAACGGAAAUUGGACCAUCGAACAAAUCAAUGGAGUUUUUCAAGUUGGCGUCAAUUCAUAUAAUUCACACUAAGCCAAAUUUUAAGCUCUUUGGUUUCUCACCGAUUACGUGGAAUAUUUUUCCAUCGUUUGUGAACUUGGUCAUUACAUAUGGUUGCAUUCUAUUACAACUUCAAUUAGAUGUUGCUUAGGCACAUUUUUAAUAGGUUUUGCACUAACUCACUAAUAACUUCUAAAUAUCUUAAGAAACACGAGCUGUUAAUAGGGACGGAUCGUGAAUUAGUGGGACCCUGGACUAAUAUUACUUAGGGAUUUACCUAAUUACUCAACCAAUUAUUAUUUUGUCAAAAAACUGUUGUCUGUAACGAUUUACGUAUACGGUAUAGAAAACAAUAGGACAAUAAAAUAUUUUAACACAGUUCUAACCAUAACAAAGUCAAUUUGACACCCUGAUGACAAGAAGUACGGAAGAAAAAUAAAAUUGCGUCGGGCGAUAAGCGGCGGGGAGUCCCCCGUAAUGGAUGCAUACGCGAGAAAAUUAACCGAUUGAAAACAAGCAACGGGGAAUUCUGGUACAAGAGUUGAUUGAUCGAAUUUUUUUUAAUUAUAGAUAUAUUUUUUCUUCACAAUAUCGUCUAUUGUUUCGAAUGCAGGUUUGUAUCCACGGGGCCCUGGGCUGUAUCCCAAAAAAACCCUAAAUAGAUCCGCCCCUCGUUGUAAAGAAAUAAUAUACUAUAAUAUUGUCUUAUGUCCGUCUCUCAGAUAGCUGAGAGCGAAAUAGGCGAUAAUUAAA